AACCAACUUACAGUGUAAUACACACAGUGUUCUCCUUCAUCCACAUCAGCUCUUUAAACAGCUGUCACAUAGUGCACAUUUGACAGUGGAGAGAGUCAGGAAGAGAACAAGGUGGAGGCAUCAUGUCAGAAACCAACCUAGAAGAGAUCUUCAUAAAACGUUCACAACAGAAAAAAAAGACUUCUCCAUUGAACUAUAAGGAGAGAUUAUUUGUUCUCACAGAUGACAAGAUCUCCUACUAUGACUAUGAUCUUGAGAAAAGGAAAAAGAAAAGUCUGAAAGGCUCAGUUGAUCUCGAAAAGAUAAAGUGUGUGGAGACGGUAGAGCCAGACGACAACACUCCACCUGAACGACAAUACCCCUUCCAGAUCAUCUACGAUGAAGGACCUCUCUACAUUUUCGCCAAGUCAGAUGAGAUCCGAAGACUAUGGAUACGCAGGAUAAGGCAUGUCGUGAGGUUCAACAAGGACCUGAUGGCGAAGUACCACCCCUGCUUCUGGGAGGAUGGCACAUGGAAAUGCUGCCAGCAGGUUGUUAAGCAGGCCAUGGGCUGCAAAGUGCUGGAGUCGACCAGGAAUGGAGCAUUCGCCACCAAAUCCCAUCGCAAAUCACGAAAACCUCUCCCACCCACCCCAGAGGAGGAGAAGCCCUCCAGGCCUCUGCCUCCUCAGCCCCCACCGCAGCAGCCAGAGGGCCCGUGCCCAGGCAGCACGGUGAUCGCCGAGUACCCGUACACACCGAACGCACCCCAGGACCUGGAGCUGAGGAAGGACGAGGAAUACACCAUCCUGGAGAUGAGUGAUGCCAACUGGUGGAGGGCCAGGGAUAAAUACGGGAGGGAAGGAUACAUACCAAGUAAUUAUGUCGCUGAGGCCGUGAACGGCCUGGAGAAGUUUGACUGGUACUGCAAGAAUAUGAAUAGAAGCCAGGCAGAGCAAUUACUGAAGACAGAGAACAAAGAUGGUGGAUUCUUAGUUCGAGACUCAAGCAAAUCUGGGAAGUACACGGUGACUGUGUUCUCAAAAGUUGGAGGGGAGACUGUAGGCAUCUGUAAACACUACAAUAUUUGCACCACUGCACAAGGCCAGUUCUACUUGGCACAGUCGCACAAUUUCAGCUCAAUCCCAGACCUCAUCAACUACCAUCAGCACAACUCUGCAGGUUUAGUAAGUAGGCUGAAGCAUAUCAUAUCCAACAGAGCAGAGAGUGCUCCAUCCCCUUUUGGCCUUGGGUAUGGUGUUUGGGAGAUUGAUCCUCAUCACCUCACCUUCAUAAAAGAACUUGGCUGUGGGCAGUUUGGCGUAGUCAAGUAUGGGAAGUGGCAAGGCCAGCACGAUGUAGCCAUUAAAAUGAUCAAAGAGGGAUCAAUGUCUGAGGAUGACUUUAUUGAAGAGGCCAAAGUCAUGAUGAAGCUCCGUCACCAAAACCUGGUUCAGCUCUAUGGUGUUUGCACAAAACAAAGGCCUAUUUACAUCGUCACGGAGUUCCUCUCAAACGGAUGUUUGCUGACUUAUCUCCGGGAUAGCCUGAAAAAUCCAACCGCUAUUCACCUCUUAGAGAUGUGCAAAGACGUGACUGAAGGGAUGGCCUACCUUGAGUCUCAACAGUUCAUCCACAGAGAUCUUGCUGCAAGGAACUGUUUGGUAGCUGCCAAUGGAACCAUCAAAGUGACUGACUUUGGUCUGUCAAGGUACGUGCUGGAUGACGAAUACACUAGCUCUGCGGGAACAAAGUUCCCUGUGCGUUGGUCUCCCCCUGAAGUUCUACUGUACUGCAAAUUCAGUAGCAAAUCUGAUAUCUGGGCAUACGGUGUCCUAAUGUGGGAGAUAUACACUUUAGGAAAAAUGCCAUACGAGCGGUUGAAUAACUCAGAAAUAGUGGACAAGGUGUCGACGGGUCUGCGCCUGUAUCGCCCUCAACUGGCCAACGAGAAAGUCUACUCAAUCAUGGGAAUUUGCUGGCGAGAUAAAGCAGAAGAGCGACCAACCUUCCAAGACCUAGUGUCAAAUGUGCAAGACCUGCUGUAUGAGAUGCAGUAGGAGACUGUACAUGGUAGAGGACUAGGUGACUUAAUUUCCCAGCUGAAGAAGUGGCACUGAGGGAAUCUCUCAGCUGGACACUAUGAGGAUGAGAGCCAGCUUCACGGAUUCAGAGAGAGAAGGACUGUUUCUACUGUCUGUGAAGAUUGAGCAAGGCGUACAGUCAAACAUUCACCCUCUGUCCAUCUGAAAACCAAAAUACUGUGAAUAACUGUGUCUAUUAGGCCUCUGGGUUUAUCACCAAUCUAUGUUUUUGAUUACAUUGUCAUUAAUUGUGAGAUUUUAUUACUGGUGGUAUAAAUGUAUGAUAUUAUCGGGCUAUUAUAUAAUUUCAGUCACACGGCAGGGGUUGAAUCCUGAUAUUUUAAUAAAAAGUAAUUAAUGCUGUA